CAUAAUUGUCAUUCCGUCAUUCCUUGUUUGUUAUUACAAUUAGCCAGAGUCAGAUUGUGAUAACAAUCCACUAGUCAGUUAACUUUUACCGGUGACCGCUGUUACAGUAACUAAACAUAAAAGUAACAAAUUCGACGAGUCUACAAUUUAUUACUGAGAGACAUCUGACCCAGCUGGCCACCAUGGGAAUGAUCCUCUACUAUGUGCCCGAAGGUCCUCCAAGUUUGGCCGUCAUGAUGGCUUUGAAGCAUUUUCAAAUUGACUACAAACUUGUAGAAGUUGAUUUUCCUAAAGGGGAGCACUUGAAAGAAGAGUAUGAGAAGAUGAAUCCACAAAAAGAAAUACCUACACUAGAUGACAAUGGAUUUUUUCUAAGUGAAAGUACAGCCAUAUUGCAGUAUUUAGCCGAACAAUACAAAAAAGAUGAUCCAAUUUACCCAAAUGAGGCCAAGAAGAGAGCAAUAGUGAACCAUAGGUUGGCAUUCAAUGUAGCUUCCUACUAUGCAAGAAUAGUUGAUUAUGCAGUUGGUCCAAUAUUUUUUGAUUAUGAAAGGGCACCAGGUGGACUGAAAAAACUUAAUUAUGUUCUUGCACAAUUUGAUACAAUUUUGGAGAGGCAAAACACAAAGUUCUCUGCUGGAGACAACCUGACUAUUGCUGACUUUGCUUUGGUCGCAGCAACCUUGUGCUUGGAGGCCAUUGAUUUCUCACUCGCUGAAUACAAGCACAUAACCAAGUGGUAUAACACAUUCAAGCAGGAGUUUCCAGAGUUAUGGACCAUUGCAGAGGGAGGAAUGAAGGAGUUGAACAAAUACAACAGCAAUAUUCCUCUGUUCCCGCUUCUUGAUCACCCCAUACAUCCUGUCAGAAAGUGAGAACAAUGCAUUUCUGAAUGAUCGUGCCUCAUACAACUGCCUUAUUCUGCUUUCAAUAUAGUACACAACGCGCAAGUAUUAUUGAAAUGUUAUCUUCGUAUAUAAUACAUGUAUUUUACUAUUUCAAGAUUGUAUUUUCCUAUAAAUGAAAUAUAAUUUCAACAGGAAAA